AUGUACUCAGACUCGAAAACUCCUAAGAAAAGAGUGUCCGUUAGGAAGCAAGCUCCUAUCUCAAGAGAGACCAAGGAGACUCAGGAUACCUUUGACGAAAAGGAUGAGGAUAAGGCUACCAAGGAGAGCGAGAAGGAAGCUGCUCUGAAUAAGGAGACGAAGGAGGAGACGAAGAAAGACUAUUUGUUGAUUUUGCUUGGUAUUGGAUUUUGGCUUGAGAAUUGA